GACUCUCCAACUAUCAGCUUUAGCAGCUGGUAUAUACUGUGCAACCUAACAUAAGCCUCACCGCUUACCCACGACAUCCGACUACGACACGCAGUAGUAUCUCUUCUUUACUUUCUUACACUCAUUCGUAUUCCUUCACAUCGAAGAGAGCAUAUACUACACAUCCUAUAUCUGUCUAUCCAGAUAACCCCCACAACGGUCACGAUGCGAGGCCUAAAUAAAUCAACUCUCUUUCACAAGAGAUCCAAGGGCAGCCUUCAAGACAGGAAGGACAGCCUCGAAGAGCACUCUUCCUCUCACGCGCGGAAUCACGCGCGGAAAUGGAGUACAUCGAGCACCGUCUCGGCGGCGAGCAGCUCUCCUGAUACUAAGCUGUACGACCCGCUGUCGCUACACCCACCCCUAAGUCUCAACACAUCACCAAACAUUAUCCGGGAGUACGAAGAGAAACGGUACCUAGAGGAAGAGGAGCGGGAACGCCGGUUUUUAGAACGGACGCCGCAGCACCCUGCGGAACAUCUAGAUAACGCGGCCGAGUACUCACCACUCAAAGAUCGCAACUGUUUCUUCAUGCGGCCUACCGGCGGCCGCCCUUACGUUUAUGACCAGAGUGUUCAGUGGCCACUUAAGGACUGGCAGGCGAUCCCGCCAGGCCUCGCCGAGCUCGACUCUUCAUCACCAGCUUCAUCACAAGCCUCAUCGCCCACCCAGCCCUCUAACAACCGGCGACGGCCGAGGGAGUGGAUGAACGAGAGAGACGCCCUAUUCAAGCGCGGCGACUGGAAGCGCAGGGGUAUAGUGUUCCACCUCGACCCGGACGAUGAGGAGGAACAAGAGCAGCACUUUGAACUACCUGAGUGUUAAAGCAUUCACAUUAUCAUAUUACCAUCCCACAUCACACCACCAAACUCUAACUCAUUCGACACUAUGUUUUACUAUUUUCACUACUCUAUUAUUACAACUCCUACUAGCACCAGGGACAAACUCGCAGAUUGUGCUUCGACAAAAUUUACGGGAAGGACCGGGGAAAGGAAUAAGGAAUCAAACAGGACGGCGAUAUUACACGACAAACAACGAUCUACGGAGGAGGAGGGGGUUCAUCUUGGGGUACCUGUGCCUAACUUUCUUGUACAUCUUAUAUUCUAGGGCUGCAUUAUUCAGGGUGUAAAACGGUGCAGGGACAAAGAUACCACUUGACAUUAAAAACUAUUUCCUCCUUACACAUUACAUUACACUACAUAGCUUAGUUUUACUUUAAUCAUGUACCAUUAGCAUAGCUUCAUUCAAUCCGAAGUUUACCUUCCAUCUUCAUCUUCAUCUU